AUGUCUACACCUGAAACGUUGGACAAUAUUUCUCACCAACUGAAUAUCUAUGUUGGAACAUGCAUGUUCAUUCUUGGUAUUAUCGGAUGUAUCUGGAACAUCCUUGUCUUUCGUCAUUACUCUUUUCGUUUAAGUUCAUGCUGCAUCUACUUGGUAUUUGGCUCAUUUGCGAGUUUAGUUCAACUGUUGUUUGGUUUAUUACCUCGAAUAUUAUCCGAUGGUUUUCUGUUUGACUGGAACAUUACGAAUAUCGCUUGGUGCAAAAUACGAAGCUAUGUUGCAUCUUGCGCGUCAUUAAUCGCUUUGUACUGUUUUGUUUGGUCGGGAAUCGAUCGAUUCUUCUCGACAUGUCAACAAAUCAAAUGGCGCUAUUUGACUUCGGUUCCCAUUGCCAAACAGAUCUGUCUAUUAACUAUUAGCCUGUGGAUGAUAUUUAACAUUCCUGUUCUGAUUUAUACGAGACCUCUGGCGACAACAGGUACUUGUGCUAGUUCAUCGCUCAUAUGGUCGAAGAUUUCAGUUUACUGUUUGAAUUUACUAUGCUAUGGAACAUUUCCAUGGCUUUUGACAAGCAUUUUUGGAAUUUUAACACUGAAAAACCUUCGGCGCGUUCACCAACAACGCAUCAAUCCGUUUUCUAUGCCAAAGCUCGUCCGCACAACGCGUCUCGAUCAUCAACUGAUUGCCAUGGUACUUUUACAGAUAUUUAGCUCCAUGAUCUCAUCAACACCGUUUUGUAUUCGAAUUAUCUAUGACAAUCUGACUCAAACGGUUACGAAAACUAAAUAUCGACGUGCACAAGAAAAGCUCUGUAUGCAAAUUGUUUAUUUAAUGUUCUACCUCAAUUAUGUUUCGAUGUUCUACGUGAAUUAUAUCUCGUCAACGGUAUUUCGACGACUAUCGAAGAAAGUGUUAACCAAUUUAUAUAAAAAAGACGAGAAUAUCUCCAGAGGAGUGACAGUCAUCAAUCAUCAAAGAAGUUGCCCGGAAGGCGAAACCCGGCAUGAAGCAAAGGUUUUUAGUACUUUUGGACCGAAUACGACGUCGAGCGUCUAG